AUGGGUUCGUCAACUGUUGCGUCGAGCCCUGCCAAAGAGCGUCAACUUAGGUUCGAUGAGCUAGUGAAUGCUCUUCUAUCCGAUCCGCCGUCAAAGUUCGACCCGUUUCGUAUUUACCGCAGUCACUAUACGUCCAACGAUAUUGACAUAGGGGUUGAUAUACUUCUUCCAAAUACCAUGAAGCCCCAAGGCCCAAGGCCUGUGAUUGUGCGAAUACACGGAGGGUUUCUUGUCACCGGCUCGAGUCUUUUCCCCGCUUGGUUCACCAAGUGGAUUUUGGACUACGCUGAACUUCACGAUGCCGUGAUUAUCAGUCCCAACUAUCGUUUGCUCCCAGAAGCCAAAGGAGUUGAAAUAUUGCAAGACCUGAAAAACUUUUGGUCAUGGCUAAGCAACGGUGUCGGGCAAUCGUUAGCAUGCGUCGGGUUGAGCAACAUCAAGCUUGAUCUUGAUCAAUUGCUGGUUGUGGGCGAAAGCGCCGGGGGGUAUCUUGCCCUGCAAUCGGUUCUCCUCGGUUUCGCAAGUCCCCGUGGUAUGAUCCUGGCGUAUCCCAUGAUUGAUCUUGAAUCGCCGCAUUACACCAGGAGAUUUAGCAAACGAAUCGUCGGCGUUCCAAACUUCCCGGAUGAGGUCAUUCACGAGUUUCGGACUUCUCCAUUGUCUGGGAGCAAGAAGCUUUAG